AUGUACCUAUGGAACAACAAUUUGAUACUCACAACAGGAGUCAUCUAUAUGAUUAUUCUCGAAUUAGGAUUUAGCUCGGCACAAGCAAACAUUUUAAACGCCAUACUGGGUGUACCAACGGAAUGUUUACAUCAGGGCGGAGUAUGGCCCUGCAGACUUUCAUUUUCCUGUUGGUUACAGGGUGGUAAACAUGCUCGCGGUUGUGGCAAUAACAAAUGGUUCUUCUCCUGUUGCAUAGCUGCCGACGGUGACAUUUCCCCAGCUGCAAAUCUAGUUGAGACCGCUUUGGUAGAAUACAACAAAAAAGUAACUAAUCUGCCGAAACGUGUUUUCCUACGCAGACGCGAUGACAAUGACAUUACCACAAAGCCCGAAUGUGGUAUACCGCACAAUUUCCAAAAUACCCUACAAAAACGCAUCAUAGGUGGCAGGCCAGCACAAUUCGCCGAGUACCCUUGGCAGGCUCACAUACGUAUUGCCGAAUACCAGUGUGGUGGGGUGCUUGUAUCGAAAAACAUGGUGGCAACCGCAGCCCACUGUGUUCAACAAGCCCGAUUACAGGAUAUUUCCGUUUAUCUGGGAGAGUUAGAUACUCAAAAUUUGGGCCAUGCCCAGGAACCACUGCCCGCAGAGAAACACAAUGUCAUACAAAAGCUAAUACAUCCACUCUUUGAAUUUCGUAUGACUCAACCGGAUCGUUAUGAUUUAGCUCUACUCAAAUUGGCCAAGCCAACUGGAUUUAGUGAGCACAUAUUACCGAUUUGUUUGCCGGUUUAUCCAAUACGUCUGGCCGGCCGCAAAGCUGUAGUGGCUGGUUGGGGGAAAACAGAAGCAAGUCUGGGCCAGGCUGGAACGAAUAUGCUGCAAGUUGCCACCGUACCCAUAAUAACUUCUUUGGAGUGCCUUCGUUGGCAUGAAAGCAAACAAAUAAAAGUGGAACUGUUCAAUGAAAUGUUUUGUGCGGGGCAUUCAGAUGGCCAUCAAGAUGCUUGUUUGGGAGAUUCUGGCGGGCCGCUCAUUGUUAAAGAACGAGGUCGCUUCUUUUUGGUUGGCAUUACCAGUGCUGGAUUUGGAUGUGGCGUCGACCAUCAACCGGGAAUUUAUCACAAUGUACAGAAAACAUCCAAAUGGAUUCAAGAAAUGUUAAUGCGUCACGCUGUUUAGAUGUUGUGAAAUAAGUUCGCAAUGACUUCUGUUUUAGUUUAGAACUAGUUAAUUUGUGUGUAAACAUCUACAUUUUAGGCUUUUAGUAAUCAGGGUAUUUGUUGUUCCAAAAAGCAUUCAAUA